UCACUCGCUAUCCUCCUCCUGUCAGUCUCGGCGUGAGGUGUCAAUCGUAAAAUCUUACAGCAACGACACAGAAGGAAGGAGCUAGAGAGGAGAGAGAGUGUCUGAAAAUCUGAAAGAUAUGGAGUCCGCAUCGCCUCUCUCUCCUCUCUCUCCUCUCUCUCUCUCUCUCUAGCUACAGCAGGCAAACAAAAGACGCCAUUACAACCCUCUCAAUUCUAAACCCCACCACUCUGCCCACCGUUACUUUUACUUCUACCCGGCAAACCCAGCAGACCAGCACAGUACAAGUCUCUUACCAUUUCACUCAAUUCUGUACCCUUCUUAGCUCUUUUCCUCCAUUGGGAUUUCAAUGUCGGGUUCAUACGCUCAGAAUUUCUCACCGGCGAGAGCGCUUUCUCCGCACCUGAGAGCGCCGCCGGAUGUGGACAGCCAGUACUUGACGGAGCUGUUGGCGGAGCACCAAAAGCUCGGGCCUUUCGCGCAGGUCGUCCCCAUCUGCGGCCGCCUCUUGAAUCAAGAGAUAAUUCGCGUCUCUGGAAUGAUGCCCAACCAAGGGUUUAGUGACUUUGACAGACUGCAACGUGGAAGUCCUAGCCCUAUUGGUUCAGACAUAAUGCCAAAAUAUAGAGGGUCAGGCCUCGGUGGCUGGAACGGACGGCCUCAUGAUAGAUUAGGUGGUCCACAAGGGAUGAAUAUGGAGUGGCAAGUUGCACCAUCAAGCCCAAGUUCCUACAUUGUGAAGAGGAUAUUGCGCUUGGAUAUUCCAGUAGAUAGCUUUCCAAAUUUCAAUUUUGUUGGCCGGCUUCUGGGUCCUAGAGGCAAUUCACUAAAGCGGGUGGAAGCUUCUACAGGUUGUCGUGUGUACAUAAGAGGAAAAUGUUCAAUAAGAGAUAUUGACAAGGAGGAAUCGUUGAGGGGAAGACCGGGUUAUGAACAUUUGAAUGAUCCACUGCACAUUAUAAUUGAGGCUGAAUUGCCUGCUAAUAUUGUUGAUAUGCGGUUGAGACAGGCAAAACAAAUCAUAGAAGAACUUCUCAAACCUAUGGAUGAGUCACAAGACCACUACAAGAGGGAACAGUUGAGAGAACUAGCUAUGCUGAAAUCCAAUUUACGAGAAGAGAGCCCUCAACCAUAUGGUAGUGUCUCUCCUUUCACUUCAAGCGGGAUGAAGCGUGCCAAAACUGGUCUGUGAUGGUUCACUUAACUCCUCUUCGAUUGGUUCGUCGUCCUGUAUGAAUCUUGAGCUUCCUUGCCACCGUAUGCUUCCCGGUGUAAUUCCAUUCUGUGUGCAAACUGUUAAGGGAUGACGCGUUGUGGACCUGUUUGGUGAGGAUCAAUGCAGGGGUUUUCUUCCAUGACAUUAAGAUGAACGGAGAUAUUCUUUUGUUAUAGCUUUCGUGUUUGUAGUCGAUUGUGAUUGUAGAAGUAGAACAAUUAUGUCAUAUAAGUUAUUCUUUGUUGUGCUGAACAUGUAUCUGUUAUUAACUUAAUGUUGUCUAAACUCGAAAGUGGAAUAUGCAUCGAUUGUUUAUUUUACUUUUAA